AUUACUUGCUUUAAGCGAUUUUUCAAUAGUGACGACUUUUUGCUUUCACACAGCAUUUAAAACUGAGGCUGUUGUUGUAAAACAAAAUCAUGAUGGUGUCUAUCGGACGGACUUGAUAUCAAGAACUUUACGAGGCGUAAUUGAUGGAAAAUGACAAUACAACAUGCAACUAUCUGAAAAACCUGUUAAAAGCUGAUUUCAAAAAGACAUAGAGGAGAAUAUCAACAGAUAAAGAUCAACAAAGGUCACAGAAGUGACAAGAAACCUCGUGUUAUGGUAUGGUUGUGAUUCAAAGCUAUUAAAAGCAUCAGACUGAAAUCAUAUAGUAAUCACCGGAUUUUCAAGAUGUCUGUCUCUUUUACUAACAUGGCCAGGGACCUCGGACAGCUACGACCAAAGUCUUUACUGCCGAUCAUUCUUGGGAUUACCAUCGGCUUUGCCCUAUCAAUGGUUUAUAUACCAGUGGUAGAACAGCUUUGCCUAACAGACAUUGAAAUGUCAAGUGUUAUAAAGAAGGCAUUAACAAAGAAUUCACUAAAUUUCCAGAAGGAGCCAAAAAAGCCGCCAGCCAACAUUCAAGCAGGCCCUAGCCCAACACCGGUAACUCCAAAGAAAAGUAAAUUUAAUUACGAUUUUAGGCCGUAUUUUGUCUAUAGCGAGCUAGGGUUUAGAUUCAAGUUACUUGUAGCUGUUCUGACGUCUGAGAAGAGGCUGGACGAAUUCGCUGUUGCAAUUAACAAUACGUGGGCACAAAGUCUACCAAAAGUCGUAUUUUUUACUCCAUACUCAAAAAAUAUAAACUUUCAUGAAAAGUACAAUCGCCACUUGAGUUUGAAAGUUGUGCAGCUGCCUGAUGUGGACGAGGAAUCAACAAAAGUCGACCUUUUAUACAAAAUGUUACAACAUCUCAAGGAUCACUACGCUUCAAAUUACAAUUUAUUCAUGAAAAUUGAUGACGAUGCAUACAUAAAUCCACGUAACUUGUUAACCUUAGUCAACAACUUGAAUUCUUCAGAAGAUCUGUAUAUCGGUCACGCUAAGGAAUUCAGAGGGACUUACACGCUCGAACGGAGUGGGAAAUGGAAAGACUGGACUGGUGACUAUUAUUGUUAUGGAAAUUCUGGAAUCAUAUUCAGUAGAAGUUCUCUUAUCAAGUUAGUGACAAAAAUGAAUGUUUGUUCCUCUAGAAGGUAUAAGAAUGCAAAUCAUGAAUUGGAACACUGCGUUAGAAAAAGUCUUUCAAUCAGCUGUAAGCUGAGAAACGAGGUUCAACGUGCCAUCCAGGUGAACCCAAAUGAAAUGGCAUUCACAGUGCAACAAGUUAGUGAGAGCAAUAAUCUUAGGAACGCUGCAGUGCUUUAUCCGAUUCACUCUGGCAAGCAAUUAAUACAACUGCACAAGUUCUUCACCGUAUCACAAGUGCGAGAAACGUUUGCAGACAUUCGUCGACGUCAGAACGAGAUACAAAAAACUGUGCCCUACAUUCCUAAAGGUGUCCCUGAGAAGAUUUUAAGAUGGCCUGUUGGCUUUAUCGAUCCAUUUAAACCAAACAGUCGAUUUGAAGUAAAUCAUUGGCGCUACUUUGACAAUGACAGAAUGUUCGGUGAUAUUGAUUCAGAGCCAGUGACUCAAUUGACAGAAGCUGAAAAUAUGGACCUAGAUGAGGUACAGAAAACUGCGUUGUCAGCACUGAAGAAAGAAGAUAAGGAAUUGAAAGAUAGUGACGUAACGUUACGAACUGGUUUCAAACGACACGAUCCUAAACGAGGAUCGGAGUACGUCCUCGAUUUUUCCGUACAUAAAAUUGGUUCUUCGACUUCAAACAGAAGAGUGCAUUUACUGCGUCCAUUUACAAAGGUAGAAGCAUUGUCUGUGCCACCAGCCACUGAGCAAAGAGGCAUACACCUUGUGCUGCCAGUUAAGAGACACGAUAUUCCAACAUUUGAAAGAUUCUUACAAAUGUACAAACGUGUCUGCCUUCAAACUGGAGAAAACGUCGUUCUUCUCACUGUUUUUGUUAACAUACGGAAAGCCGGCGAUGAAGAAUUUGCAAAGGAUGACCCAUUCAAAGAUCCCAAGAGCCUAAUUGCAAGAUACAAGCGAUCAUACAUGUGGGCACAGUUACCAUGGCUACAAAUAGGAGUCAAACAGGCCUCGCCAACACUGAUCAUGGAUAUUGUAUCGAUGAAACUAGCAUCCAGUGCUCUUAUUUUCCUUGUCAGCCUCGACAUAGAUUUUACAAUUAACUUCUUAAAUCGUUGUAGAGUCAAUGCAAUCAAUGGUGUCCAGACAUUCUUCCCCAUUCCAUUCCUUGAAUACGAUCCUGAAAUUGUUUUCAAAAACAAGCAGAAGCCUACGUUUGUUGACGUUUAUAGAGACAAUGGAUCUUGGGAUAGGGGCACAAAUGACAUUGGCUGCUUCUGCAACAGAGACUACAAAGACCUUAGGAUGCUAGAAGACAACUUUCUUGAUGAGGAUCAGCCCCUGAACUCAUAUGUUAUUAAUGUGUUCCAGAGGUCAAAAUUAACAGUGUUUCGAGCAGUCGAUUCUGAUCUGAGAAGGCGGUACACGUAUUUAAAUUGCACAAACGUUUUAGCUAGAGAUUUUUGCCUUGAAAGAGCUGCAGAACGAAGAGCUUCAAAGUCACAGUUGGCUAAGUUUUAUUUUGGAAAAGAAAUGCGUAUUUCGUUAUAGAAAGUAUUCCUAUAGUUUUUUUCACUAAAGAAUUGUGUAAAAACCACUUCAAAAUUCACAGAAUAGGAAGAAAGCUUGGCAGCAGCUUCUAUUGAAGCACAGUUAUUGAAAAAGCAGAUUGCAAUACUGGCUAAUAAUUUGAACAGUGAAAGAGGUCAUGCAAUAAGAAAGAAAAAUUUUUUUAACCCCAUAUUUAUGUCAAUCGAACAGAAUUAUCAAGUGACGACGUCAGAAAAAUCUAUUUUUAGAUUUUUUCUCAUAACCUGAAAGAGCAUCAAGAAAUACCUCUAAAUCUACAAAAUCAAUUAAAGGUAUUACGAAUUGGCUGAGAUAUGACCAGAUGAGCACAUGCUCUGGCCCCAUCAAACCUCUGAAUUUUGGUCUCAGUUAAUAACUUUAUGAACUGAACAAAAAUAACAGUAAUCCGUUAGCAAACUUCAAAUCUUCUAUUGGCCAUAGCUCGCCCGAUUUUGACAAAUUUCACUGAUUUUGCAUAUAUGGGAGUUUUUCAUGGUGUUUUUUAUGUUAUGUGGCCAAAAAUCGAAAAUUUUAAAAAUAGUUUUUUGGUGACGUCACACAUGAAAACUCUAUUAUAGAUGGUGAAAAUACAAAAAUCAAUUAGACAACCAAGGAGUCAGCAAUCCCUUCAUCAAUCGUCAAAAUAUUGCAGUAAGUUUACGUAUAUUCUUCUUCCAGGCAUCUGAGACCAUAGGUUAUUUGGUUGCCACACUUUUACCACCCAGAAAGAUUACAAAAAGUUUUUUAAAUCUUUUUCAAAUUCUUGUAGACAGGAUAAAAGCGUCCCAAAGCUCAAAAACGUUAUUUGUAGAAUCUCGAUAGUCAACUUGUCGUCUAAAAAGCUGCUUUUAUGAAUAUCAAGGAACUUGGUUUAUGAAUUUUUUUGAAAAAGAGAAAAUAUUCCUUAGACUGAUCAGUUAGCAAUGUUUUUGUAACGGUUCCAUUUUCUUAGUGACAUUUGUGUUAAUUACUAUUAAAAAAUCACGCUUUAUGUUCUUUACGCUUUUUCACACUUCAUAAUAUCCUUCUUUAAACUGCAGCAAAUAACAUUUAAUACCGUGUUUUAUUGUUGAGUUUCGCUUUAUAUUUGAAUUGUUGAAACUGCUACUGGUACUCCAUUCCUUCUCCUACAACAUGGUCUUUCUAAAGGAAAAUCAGCUUGGUUAAAAGCCUUUGUUUAUGUAAAGAAGAUGAAAAUAGCCUAUAUUUUUAAAAUGGAAGGUUACUGGGACUAGAAGUGCAGUUUCCCCCUAGUUAGUAUGCCAAAAAGACCAGGUCUGGUAAUAAAGCUGUGAAUGAUUGUCUUUUUAAUUCAUAUGAUUGAGAAUAACCUAAACAAGUUUUGAUAGAAAUGAAAGAUUUUGAAACAAGCUAAUGCUUUGUUAAUACGAAUAGCAGAAUCUCCUUUAACACGAAACAUUUUCUGAGAUUGAUAGACAUUUCUGUUCCGUGGCUAAAACCAAGACAAAGGUUUAUUUGAAAUGGGGGAGCUGGGGGCGACUGAAGCUCCAACACUUUUUCAGAGAUAAAAAUUUGGACCGUCUCUUUUUUUAAUUUUGAAAACAGAGCCUGAAAUAAAACAAGAUCAAACAGUUCAUAUCUUGCUUGAUUAUUUUAUCAAUUUGCUAACUUAUUUAGGUAUAUUUUUAUCAUUUGUCUAUUAUUUGCAUCGAUUCAGUAGAUAACUUUCUGCAUCAUUGUAUUGUCUGCAUUUUGGGUGUGUAAGCAUGGUCCACUGAAAAUACUGGAGAUAAAGAAGCUGCAUAUGUUACUGUUCAAGAAGUUGAAUUCUCUCAAUCCAUACAGUAUCUUCUUGUUAUUCACAUCGAUGUGCACUCUGAACCAAAGAUCCCAAUUCUUUUCUUUCUCCGACGUCUGUCAUAAGAGUUUUAGCAUGACUCCUCCCCUCCCAAAUUUUUCUUAAAUAUCAACAAUCAAUGCCUAUCUGAGAAUCGUCGGAUUUUCUAUUCUGAGCGGUAUAGAAAUUUGUUAAAUUUUAGUCUAGCAGAUGCAUUUUUAACCAUUCUAGAAGACUUAAUUUCAAAAAUUUUCUUUCGCGUCGGAUCAAAUCAUGGUGUCACUAAACUUGAUGCUUAGCCCCCUCCCAGGUUGAAUUUGGUGGUGACACCUCGUUGUUGUAUCAUAAUUAUUUAAGCUAUUUUACCCAUCUGCCCCGCUUGCACCAAUAGCAAAAAAUGGUUAUCCUGAAAAAAAGAACCCCUUUAUGGUUUUUUCCCGGCCCUCUUCUGGGCACCCCCUUUCUCCAAAAAAAUGAUCUAACAAAGGUACUGCUAUGUCUUCUUUCUAGUUAUGCUCGGCCUCAAACGACUAGUGGCAGGGGGCUUUAAUCUUCCCUAGCUCGCCAACUUUCCAACUUGCUUCGCAGCUCCUGUGACGUUUUUCACCUUUGUUCGCGAUUUCGCUGUAUUGUAGAACGGCAAUGGCAGCAGCAGCACCUCAAAAAAUUUGCAAAAUGUAUUGAUGUCCAGUGUUUGAAAAAAUGACUUUAACUUUCUUUCUCGA